UCAAUCGAUAUGAUGACUCCCGGUUCUACGGAGGCCUGGAGUACCCUGGAGAGACAUUUGCGUGCUAUACGCAUACGCUGUUUUUUUUUUUUCGUGUGUGCUUGUGCACCACCCAACAAGUGACCCACAAGUAGCGAAUUUGCAAUAAGCAAAAAAAUAUAAUGACGUUUGCCAAAGGUCUCAACACGAUAACAUCUAACAGUGCAUAAUAACUAACAAAUUAUCUACACAAUUAAAAUAAAAAAAUUAGUUCAAUUUAAAGUGAUUAUUAUUUAAUAAAUAUUUACAUUAAUAUAAAAGUGAAUGCUGCAAUAACUAUUGGGCGAAUAGCUUUUUGGUUUCUUUUUUUGUUUCGUUUUGUACAUCGUCGGGUUAUCAAUUUUUUUUUUUUAUUUAUGCUGAAUCUUUUUUAUGUUUAUCAUCUAUUUUUAAUUUAAAUUUAAUUAAGUUGAUUGACAAUUAAAAAAUAGCAAGUGAUUUCAGUGACCUAGUUUGAACAUCAUCAAUAAAUAAGAUUUUGUUGGAAAUUUCUAUUUUAUAUUUUUCAAAGGAGAAACAUUAAAGGACAAUGUUUUUUUAUAAUUCUCAACCUCGUGAAGCUAGAGAAAUUGCCGAAAAACAAUUUGCUCAAAAAACAACAUUUAAAGAUAAAUUUGAAGUGGCAUGGAAUUUCAUAUCUCCACAUAUUAAAGAAAAUCGAGUUAAACUUAAAAAAACGGUUGGUCAAUCAAUGCUCUGGAGAGAAGUUGGUAACAAAGAAUACACUACUGCAAAAAAUGAACAUUAUUUGCGCAAAUCAAUUGAAGCAUACACCAAGAGUAUUGCUUUUGCACCAGUUGGAUCCAGUGAAUUAUCAUUGGCUUAUGCGAAUCGUUCAGCUGUAUUGUUCAAAGCAAGACUCUAUGAAGAUUGUCUUCUUGAUAUUGAACGUUCAUUAAAAGCAGGCUACCCAGAUAAAUUGAAAACAAAAUUAUUUUUACGUCAAUCAUUGUGUUUCAAGGCCUUGAAACCAAACUCAGGACUUGAACCAGGUAUUUCAAUGGCUAAUGCAAUGCAAUGGCUUCCUGACUUGAAAAAAUAUAAUCCAAAAUACAACAUCAUCAAAGAGUAUCCAAAGAUGAUCAAUGAUCUUAAAGAACCACGUGAGAUUAUUAAAUUUAUACCAGAAAUAAAAAAUGAUAAUGCAAUAAUAGUUGGUGCAUCUGAUGCAAUUGAAUUGAAAAAAAUUAAUGAAAAUAAUCAGACUAUUGUUGCAACAAGAGACAUCAAGACUGGUGAAUUUAUUUACAUUUCUGAGCCAUUUGCAGCAACUCCUGUUAAUGAAUUGCAUUAUACUAAUUGUUGGCAUUGUUGUUGUCAAACUUGGACUGGUGUACCAUGUGAUAAUUGUCCAAACGUCAUUUAUUGCUCUGACAGAUGUAAAAAAAAAGCAUGGAAUAGUUAUCAUAAUAUUGAAUGUUUAAUAUUGGGAGAAAUAUUAAAUUGUGACCUUCUAGAUUUAGAAAAAUUAAUGGCAGUGAAAAUGAUUUCGAAGUCACUAAACUCCGUAGGUGGUUUAAAAGAAUUGAAAAAAAUAGUUGACAAUAUUGACUCGAUGAAAAAUAAAGAAUUAAUAUUUACCAAUGGAAUCCUUGAUGUUAAUACUAUCGAUAAUUUUCUUCGUCUUGAUUAUUUUAAAGCAACAUCAUCAAACUGUACAUUUGAAUCAGCAAUACUUGCAGUAUUGAUUAUUACAGUUUUUGGUGAAAAAACAGAUAUAUUAGGUAAAAAAAUGACAUUGAACGAUUUGAUUAAAAGUAAAGAUAAAAAAAUAUUAAUUUUGGGAGAAUUAAUAUUGCGAUAUAUGAUGAUUUCUUGUUUCAAUAGUCAAUCGUUUAUAGAAACAUCCAGGGAUUGUAUUGUGACGUUCUCAACUGACUUGAUAUCAUUUUGUAAUAGUAAGAUAUUAAAAACGAGCUGUGAUCCAAAUGUCAAUUGGAGCCACGUAGGUUCAGCUGUUGGAUUUUACGCUUGCAAACCAAUCAAGCGAGGACAACCGCUACUUUCGAAUACUGCAGGUUCAUAUCAUAUGACUUCAAAAAUCGACCGAUAUAAAUGCUUAGAACGUUUUACUGAUGAUGAUCCACCAUGUAGAUGUACAGCAUGUGAUGAAAAUUGGUCAACUAUUCAUUCUCUUCCAUCAUACAAGAGUAUGACAUUUACAAUACCGAAAAGAAUCCGAAGAGAACUCGAUUGUAUGACGCUGAAAUUCGAAGAGUGGCUAAAGCUCAUCAGCCACGGAGAUAACAAACAAUUAUUAACAAUUAAGGAUGAUUUAAAUAGGAUGAAUGAUAAAUUUCAUCACUACAUCACUGUUCCUUGUAGAGAAAUAUCAUUAUUGCAUAUAUCACUUAACACGAUAUACAGUCGACUAGAUACAGCUAAUAAUACGUACCAGUAA